AUGAAGGGCGAGAAGCUCCUGGUCCUUAAGAAUGAAUACUUCUAUCGGGAAUGGAUAGAACCCAAACAUGUCAUCAUCCGGUCUGCACAGUCGCGUGCUCCCAAACCGUCAUGGCCGCCACCGGCUCCGGAACAACCCAUGGAGACAGAGACCCAGCCUGUUGCACCCACCAGAAGGAAAAAGAAGUCACAUGAUCACAGUUCGGCUCAGAAUGGAUCAUCGGGGAGUGGAAGGAGCAGUCCAAAGCCCAAAGGAUCAGGUAGUCCUAGACCUACCAUUUCAGCACCUAUCUAUACAGGACCGGUGGACCAACAUUCUGUUGUUAGUACUAAAGUUGGAGAGAAGGUGAUAGAAGAACUGAGUCAGAUUGAAGGAGUGAAGGAUGCUCUGGAUAAAUUUGAGCAGGAGUCCCGGUUACAAGCAGCUAGUCCUCCUAGACAGUCUGCUGUCUCCCCUUCCCCAUCCUCAUCCACCACCACUGCCACUGCCUCCGCCUCUUCUGCUCCUGAUGAUGAUCUUCCCAAGCCUGAGGCUCGACAUCCACCUCCGGUAGAAAUACAGGUUACUGAUGAAGAUAAGAAAGAAGAGACUCCUGUGGCCAUGGAGAUUACUGAGAAGACAGAACCUUCCAAGGAGCCGACGCCCCCUCCUUCUUCCAUGCCUCUUGCUCCACCUGUGUCACAAGCAGUCUCAGAAAUGCAGAAACCAGAUGGUUCUCCUAGCGUUCAAAGGGCAAGAAAGCUCUUUGAGAGAGAAGCAGAAAAAGAAGCGGCCUCAGCAGCUCAACUAACCCCAAAGCUUGGGGGCAAACGCACACCCAAGUUAUCAAAGAAACUUGUUCAAAAUGGUGUAUCUCCAGCUCAUCAUCAUGAUGAAGAAGAACAUAACUUAGUUGGAUCACUUGAACCUCUAGAAAGGCAAUGGAUGAUGGAGUCUGCCAAGGGCAACGUUCCCGCUCUCAUGGGGCUACUGGACCAAGAACCGGGGCUAGCAACAAAAAAGGUUUGUUCAUUCCGGAAAAAAUCAUACUGCCUCUGAUGUAUCUUUGAUUUUAUAUAAACGAGGUGGCUAAGCAAGACAAUUUGUUGCUAAAAGUGAAGGAAAAUUUAAGUAUUUACCUUUAAAAAUUGUUCAUUCUAGAAAAAUAAGACUGAUUCAGAUGCUUCAUGAAUUUUUCUAUAGAGUGCUACAACAAACACAGAGAGAAAGAAGAAUGAGUUGUGUGAGUGAAUCCUAAGGAGUAGAUGGGUUAUGGUAUGGACCUGUCAAUGUUUGUGAAUUUUACUGUAUGUCUGAACUGAAAACUCUGAACUUUUCUACAUUUUUGUUGCUUUAUGACCACUCGCAGUGGACCAGGUAUUGACUAGGCAUGGAUUGAAUGAAAGGAGCAGCACCAAAUUCCAUCCUCAAUUUUUUUGCAAUCUUCAGUAGUCCACCGCUUUAGCAAGUUAUCCAGAUCUAGAUGACAAAAGCUUACAAUUCUGAAAUGUUGCAAAUUGUUGGCUCUCCUGCUCGAGUGAAAGGAGAUGUAAUCUUUACGGCUAAAUUGCCAUAAUUUUACAUUCCAUGAAUGAAAUUUUUGUCAAAGUUGAAGCAGUAUCUAGGCCAGAAUAUGCUAAAUAUGUGUUAUAUCCCUCUUUGAAAGUGAUAUUUUCUCUGAUCCCCAAAUAUUUGACUUGGGCAUAGACCUGUAUAUUGGAUACUGUUUAUAUUAUUGUUUCUCCCUUUUGGGCUGAAUUAUUGAAAAGUUCCUAGUAAAGAUAGUGUUGGUGAUGCUGCAGUCACAUUUCCCCUGCAGCAUCCACACUGCUUGUCCAAAACUGCCCUUUUUAACGGAUUUCUGUACAAACCACAUACAGAUGGUAAAAAAAAAAAAAAAAAACCUAGCUGUUUUGUACUCGUAAGGCCAUCAUCGUAGACGAAGUGUGACUGCGCCGUAACUGUAUUACUGGCUACAAAUCUUAUCCUUAUUCUGCAAGAAAAGUCAGAGAAGUAUUGAAAGUGCUAUUUAAAUUGUCAGGGUUUCCAUAUAAACAGAAGUGUUUUAAGAUGUAGACAUGUGAUUCUAACUUCAGUUUCACCAUUCAACUGGUGACCUGUUGUGUGCAAUGAGAUACCCACAAUUUUUUCUGUUUUUUGCUGAUUGAUAGCAGAUUUUUGAUAACCCUAAUCAAAUUUUUAACAAGUACUAAACUUAACAUUCAGAUAUUUGUGUUAACAAAGAAAAACUUUAGCCUUGAAAGUUGAUAGAUCAUAUGCUGCAGCUAAUAGGAAUUAAAAAGAAUUGAGAAUAUGAUUUAGCAACCAAGAACAUGUUACAUUGCAUGGAAAGUUGGGCAGAACUUAGCUUUAUGAAACACAACCUUGCGCAUGGAAAUCAUUUUAAGACUGAAUCCAAAGUCACAUAAAAUGACACUGAGAGACAGUUAUCUCUAUCAUAGGUAAUCUUGAUCUAUAAGUUCAACUUUACUAUGACAAAAAUAUCUCUGUAGUAAUCUUAAUUUGCCUGCAUCAAACAACUUUGGUGAGUAUUAGCUACAAGUAAGUCGUUACUAUUACUCUCACUAAUUACUUGUAAGGGGAUCAGACUUUAUUCUUCUUUUGAUCAAUAAAUUCUACUCCACAAUAUUGACAGCUUGGUGUCUGUGGAUUAGUUACCCUGCCCCUUCCAUAAGCACCUUUAUACAUAGUAGAUUAACACUACUCAACGCCUAGACUGAAUGUCAAGUAGGUUGUCAUGUAGCAGUCUCUGCUUCCUUUUGUCCCUUUGUGUCAUUGUCUCAUUGUAUUUUAUAAUCCUAGAUGUCUGUCUAAGCACCCUUGACAGUUUUUUUUUUUUUAUUUUUUUUUCUCCCCACAAACUGACAGCCCAACUAUGCGUGUCUAUAUUUAGAAAGGAAAAAGAACAUGACACCAUUGUUCCAAUAUAGUG